AUGGGACAACAACAUUUGGAUGCCUUCCUAACACUGGUAAACCUCUACACCAAUGAUGACGCAAUUCUAUGUCAUGUCUUCCCUACGUCCCUCAAGGGGAUAGCAUUGACCUGGUACUGUGCACUCCCACCUAUGUCCAUAGACAGCUUUGACACCCUUGUCGAACGAUUCAAUGUGCAAAACGCCACCAACAGGUCCCAUCGCAUGACCUCAACCACCUUGGUUAGUCUGCGACAAGCAAACGACGAGUCCCUUAAAAAAAUCAUGGGCAGAUUUGGGCGCACAACCGUCCAGAUCCGAAAUCUUACCCCGAGAUAUCACCGCGGUAUUGGUCACAACACCAAAGACUGUUGGGCCCUGAAGGACAAGAUAGAAGAACUUAUACAAGCUAGGUACUUAGCCAAGUUAGUUAAGAGACCAGGCAACCAUCAAGUAGGAGCAAGACCUAGAGGGCAUCAAGAAGAGCAGCACAGGAACCAAGACGUAGACAAAAGAAAAGCGAAAGACUGA